AUAGAGAGCGUUGCCGCCCCUUGCCGGCUGGGGAGUUUUCCGCUAUGCGGAAGCGGAAGAGGCCUGGCGGCGCGGAGUGGCAGGGGCUGGGGUAGGCAGCGGCGGCGGAGCCAGCCCAGCGGAUGCCGACACCUUCCAAGGCUUCCUGCUGGAGGAGUUGGGCUCUGCCUCGGCGCCGGCCUGCUGGGGUUUCCUGGUUGUUAUGUAGACUUCAAAGCGGUGUAACAUUGCUCUGCCAGUCCCUUCCUUCCUGAGAAAGGGUAGCUGCUUUCUGAGCGAUCACAUACCAACUUCACGUGUCCCUAAGAUUGUCAUCAGCUUCUUGUUUUUUUUUUUUUUUUUUUUUUGUUUUUUUUUUUUUGUUUUUUUUUUUUGUUGUUUUUUUUUCCGGAGGCCUUACUGAGGUUUUAUUACUUAAAGGCUUUAGUAGUCAUAAAGUAAUUUAAGAUGUUUGUAUUACUCAGUUUUAACUCUGUAAUUGACUCUUGUAUUAAGAGACAUUGUUUUAACUUGGGAUUGGUUAAAUGGCCAAAGAAUUCAAUUAUUUACGGAUAAGGGCUAUUUUGUUUGACUGGUGUUGGCCUUUGACUUAAACUCGCAUCUUUUAUUUCUUUUAUCCUAUGCUUUUUCUGUGUUAUGGCUGCUGCAACAAUAGUUCAUGAUACAUCAGAAGCUGUAGAGCUCUGUGCUCCCUGUGGGUUAUACCUUAAACCCAUUACAAAAAUGACCAUCAGUGUGGCACUCCCUCAGCUGAAACAACCAGGAAAAUCCAUUUCAAACUGGGAAGUGAUGGAAAGAUUGAAAGGGAUGGUGCAAACUCAUCAGUUUUCCACUCUGCGGAUUUCUAAAAGCACAAUGGAUUUCAUCCGGUUUGAAGGAGAGGUUGAAAAUAAAAGUUUGGUUAAAUCCUUCCUGGCAUGCCUCGAUGGCAAAACAAUAAAGUUGAGUGGCUUCUCUGACAUUUUGAAAGUCCGUGCUGCAGAAUACAAGAUUGACUUUCCAACCAGGCAUGACUGGGACUCAUUUUUCCGCGAUGCAAAAGAUAUGAAUGAAACUUUGCCUGGGGAAAGGCCAGAUACUAUUCACUUAGAGGGCUUACCUUGUAAGUGGUUUGCAGCAAAGGACUCUGGCUCUGAAAAGCCAAGUGAAGAAAUCCUUAUAAAAGUGUUCAGGAACUUUGGAGAAAUACGUAAUGUGGACAUACCCAUGCUGGACCCGUACAGAGAAGAAAUGACUGGCAGGAAUUUUCACACUUUCAGUUUUGGAGGCCAUUUAAAUUUUGAAGCUUAUGUUCAGUAUCAAGAGUAUGCAGGUUUCAUUAAGGCCAUGAAUGCCCUGCGAGGGAUGAAGCUCAUGUAUAAAGGUGAUGAUGGAAAAGCAGUGGCUUGCAAUAUAAAGGUUUCUUUUGACUCAACAAAACACCUCAGUGAUGCAUCAAUUAAGAAGCGUCAGCUUGAAAGGCAAAAGCUUCAAGAGCUUGAAAAACAGCGAGAAGAACAAAAACGUAAAGAGAAAGAAGCUGAAGAAAAAAAAAAAGAAGAAGAAAGGAAGCAGAGAGAGCUUGAAGAAUAUGAGAGAGAGAGAAAAAGAGAAGAAAAGUUGCGAAAGAGGGAACAGAAACAGAAAGAUCGUGAAGUUCGACGAAACAAAAAGCAACUUGAAAAGCUUCAAGCUGAAGAACAGAAAAAACUGCAAGAGAAGAUAAAGUUAGAAGAGAGAAAGCUCCUGUUAGCUCAAAGAAAUCUUCAGUCUAUUAGACUAAUUGCAGAACUGCUAAGCAGAGCAAAGACAGUAAAGCUUUUGGAGCAAGAACAGAAUGAAGAAAGGAUUUGUCUUCAGCAGCUAGAGGAGAGACGAAGGCUCCAGGAGGCUGAACUGAAACGCGUGGAAGAAGAAAAGGAAAGAGCACUGGGGUUGCAGAGAAAAGAAAAGGAACUGAGGGAAAAACUACUGAACAAUCUUCUGAGCAAGAAAAUGGAUGCAAUUAAUCAAAGCAAAGAAGAAACUGAAGCAUCUCAGUCUGAUGUGCUGAAAACCCCUAGUGGUGUUCCACACACUGUGUCUUCCAGCUGCAUCACUUCUACCUCAGGACAGGCUGUUACAAGCAAACUGGCUUCCAGCUCUCAAGGUGACAUUGCAGCCUCUGAAAAUGUAAACGCUCAAUGCAAGUACUUGAAUGGCAAUAUUAAUGACAAAGUUCAUGUCAAAGAAGGUCAGAAAUUUCAUACCACAAACUCUGAGAGGUGUCCUCAGAAAAGAAGUUCAGGGGUACUUUCAUGUCUUCCUGUCAGUAACCAGCAACAAAAGAGCCUCUCUAACUCUGACCAGAAUACUUGCAGGAAGGACUUGCGCUGUGAGCAGCACAAACAUAGCACAGAGCCAAGAAGGAGAAAGAGCCGGUCAUGUAGCAGCGUAAACACUGAUGAGAGUAAGGGUAAACGCGAGAGGAACAGGCACAGAAGAGAUGAGAGUUACCAGAAUGAAAAGCACAGGAAAGAAAGGAGGUAUUAUAGACACUCUAGCAGAAGUUACAGUCCUCGACGAAGCCAUAGUCCUCGUCGAAGAAGUGUAAGCCCUAGACGUUCACGUUGCAGAAGAACACGCAGUAGGGAACGUAAACGAGACAGACGAGAAAGAAGUCGUAGUCAUAGAAGUGUGAGCAGGAGGUGGAGGCACCGGAGAUCACUGAGUAAGCAAAGGAGUACUUGAGUGGGUAGUGGAGGCCUUGGCUUCUUGGAGAAGCUGUGGCUGGACAAAAAGGCCAGAAAGUUGUAAACGAGACCUCUUCGGUGUGACUGCUGUAGAAAACACUUGUUUCAACCAGUGGUUAAUUUCAUCUAGUCCCUGAAGUCAAGAAGAUAGAUGCCUGAUUUUUUUAACGUUCCUUCAUGCUUUGUUGUCUCUUUCUAGGUUUCUACCACAAUGUACAGGUAUAACCACUUGUGCUUGUGCUCGAGUUCCUACAGUGCUAAAAGCCAACCUGUUUUCUUGGUUUUCAGUUUUCUAAACCUUAAUUUUAGUCAAUUUAGUUUUUAUUAUCACCUGCUUUGGCUUGAGAAGUACUGGGUGCCAGUUAGAGGAACUCCCGAUGUGACAAGCCUUUUCACACAUAUUUGAUUUAAAAUGCUUUCUGCUGCAUUCAAUUAAAUCACUUUUAACAGAGUAGAGUUUUUGCUGAUUGAGAUGCAUAGCAGGACUUUUGCAUAGUUCUUAAAACUGACUAUAGAGAUACACAGGAUAUCUUUUUUAAACUGCUGUAAUUCCUUCAUACGUCUGUAGGGUGCCAAGCUUUGGUGCCCGAAUUACUCUGGCAUGUAAUGCUGUUGGUAUAAUACUACUUUCCAUGGAAGAGAGGUGCACUGAUGUAGGAAGUAAGAAGCAAUGUUAAAAUGGUUGAAAAGUUUUUCUGGUAUUUUGUUGACAUAUUUGGCUUUGUAACUACUUCAGGUGGUGUAGAGCCACUUGAAGCAUUUUUUCAGGUACAUACAGAGGUAGCCAUUGUCUUUGAUAAAGGGGCCUUCUUGCUAAAUUAUUUUUACUUGUGGUGUUGGAAAAUAAGGCUGCAGUGUCUCUUAUUAAAUCCAUUUAAGAAUACUUUUGCUUCUAAAAUGCAGCUCAGGAAUAUUAAAAGCUAUAACAUUACAGUGAAAGAGUCUAUUUUGCCUUUUUAUGGUAAAUUAAAAAGAAACUGUUUCCAGUGAA